AUGUCAGCCAAGCCCAAAAGUUCUCACGAACCAGCACCCGCAGGGCUCGCGGGCUUCUACUCGCAGACUUCCGACUACUGGACCGCCUACCUCAAAGGCCGCGCCCCUCUCCCUAACUCCAUCUUCCAACGCAUUUUCGACUAUCACACCUGUCAUGGCGGGCAAUUCCACACGGUGCACGAAGCAGGCGCCGCCGCCGCGAUCCAUUCGCUCCGCAUCGGCGCCCCCUUCACCAAAGUCAUCGUCUCCGAUUCCUCGGAGGAUAACAUCGCCGCCGCCCGCGCCCGGCUGAGCGGUGCCAAAGAGGCCAAAUACGAGCUGCACGUUACGAAGCUCGAAGACAGCGGCGCCGUCUUGCCCCCCGCGUCCGUAGACAUGGUCUUUUGCGCGACAAUGCUGCAUUUCACCGACCUACCGCGCUCAUUCGAGGCGAUUGCCCACCAGCUCAAGCCCGGCGGGACAUUCGCCGCCCUCUUCACGGGGUUCAUGGAAAUGGAGGACGCCCGCUUGCACGCUGCGUUCAUUCGGAGGCUGCAACUGUGGGCGCCCCUGAUGCUCGAGAAGAUGGGCGGCGAGGAGGCCGUCAUGCCGCAGUUCGUCACGAUUGCUUGCAUGUAUGAGAAUGUGGAGCUGCCGGCUACGAUUUUCGAGGCGCAGUCGGAACGCAUCUUCAUCAAUGGGACGGAUACGGGAGCGCCGGGCGGUACGAUGUACGCGGAUACCAUGCCACCCGAUUAUAGAGAGCGGUGGCCGGCAGUGUCGGGCAUUGGUGCCGAGGAGAUCGUGAUCCGGGUGGACGACGCGGAGCUGUACUUUGAGAAGGACCUAUCUGCAUUGCCGUAUCAUCUCAACACGUUUCCACCAGCCAAGGUGGAGGGGUGGGUGGAGGAAUCCAUGCGGGAGCUUGGGGAGAUAGUGGGCGAUGGCAAGAUUCGAGGGCGCUGGCCCGUGAAUUUAAUUCUAGCUACACGAAAGUAG